UCAUGGGGCAAUAGGGGAUCAUGGGGCCCAAACUCAAAAAAGCCUAUGAAAAAGGUACGAGGGGCAUCUUAUGGGACCCCUACUAACCCCGGGUCCUCGGACAGUUCCCAAGUUUCCAAAUGAGAUUUUACACCCAGUUUCCUGGUCACAGACCAGGGGCAGUCUGACAACUCAUGGGGCCCCACGGGCAAUAGGGGAUCAUGAGGCCCCUGUGUCCUCGCCCACACCCAAAAAAGCCUAUGAAAGGUACCAGGGGCAUCUCAUGGGGCCCCCUACUGACCCUGGGCCCUCAGGCAGUACUCGAGUGCCCGAAUGGUCAGUCUGCCCCUGUCACAGACCAUAA